GGCCAUAAUCAAGAAUACAAAAUGGAAUUCAUCCACAUAUUGCUGUUACAUAUUAUAUUAUUGUGCAAAAAAGGCGGGUCCCGCCGCCCAGCGGCCCCCUAGGCCUGGCCCCACAGGAAUCCUAGGAGGAAGUAAAUCAGUGGUGAAUGCUGGCCCGGUUAAAGCGUGGUGUCUCCGGAAUUUAACACAGCCGGUCCAGAUUAUUCAUCCAGUGCGCGUCCGUGGACCUUCGACCCUACAACUCAUUGUGCAAGGAUGCCACGCCUUAACCAGUUGUUCCAGCCCGCGAGGGCUGUUACAUAUUAUAUUAUUGAUAUCAUUGGAGGGUGCUACAAGUUGGCUAAUGGAACAUGAGAAUUUUACUCUCCCUUCCAAUUGUUCCAAAACAUGCGGUGGUAUACAAAUUGAGUAUCCUUUUGGCAUUGGCACUAAUUGUUCUUAUGCUGUUGGAUUUAAUCUUACUUGUUCACAAGACCAGGAUCAUCCAAGACUCUUGUUAGGAGAUGGCAAUAUCCAAGUAAGAGCUUUUGAUAUGAACGAGGGGCUGGUCAUCAUUGAAUCACCAUAUGGCACAUUGGAUGUGGAUGCACAAUCUAAUAACACUGCAUUGAUCAAUCUUAAGGAUUUGCCUCUGUCUUUUGGAUUAUUUUCAACUGAUUUUGAAAGCAUAUUUCAAUUUAACAGAUUGUAUGUGGCCGGUUGUAGUGUUACUGCCAUUAUUGUUGAUUUGGAUACCAAUAGUGCGAUAGAUGCUUGCACUACAAUAUGCUCCACUACUAUCAACAUUCCAACUACUCAGCAGAUGUAUAUGUCUAGAAAUGAAUAUUGUAGCAUUGACUUAAUGGAUAGUGUAAGAUUUACCAAUCUUUCAUUGGCCAUUCAGUUAAAUCGGCUUGAUGAGAAAAUGGAUCAUAUGAUCAUCAAUAGUACCUCCAGCAUCAUAGCCACCAUAUAUGAUGAUUUCUUAACUGAUUAUGAUGACUUCCAAAGAUUUAUAGACGAUAGGAAUAGAACUGGAAUGAUGGCCUCUCUCGCUUGGUACCUCAAUGACUAUUCAACAUGCAAAGAGGCUAUGGAGAGGACCAACACUUAUGCAUGUCGUAGUGAUAAAAGUGAAUGUUAUGAUGUCUUUUUUGAAGAUGCAUUAUAUAGGAGUGGCUACAAAUGUCGGUGUUCUUCAUAUUAUGUGGGCAAUCCCUACCUGCAUGAUGGUUGUCAAUUAGAAAACAAUUUUACAUUGACUCCUGCAAAAGAUUGUCAAUCCAAAUGCGGAAAUGUUACAAUUUCCUUUCCCUUCGGGCUAAAACAAGGUUGUUAUCGAGACGAAGGCUUUGCUCUAACAUGCGAGGAAACCUCCAGCCCUCCAACUCUCCUGAUCGAUGAUUAUGUAGUGAGCAAAAUUUCAUUGAAGGAAGGCCAACUGGAGUGUACUAUUUAUUUUUACUUUUCAGAUAAUAGACAUUCACAUUUCACUUCCUCGAAGGAUCAGACAAUCAUGAAUUGGGUAAUAGCCAACCAAUCCUGCAAGGAUGCUUCAAAAGACAACGCCACCUUCGCAUGUAUCUAUGAAAACAGCUCAUGUUUGGAUGUAAAAAAUGAAGGGUAUAGAUGCAUAUGCAAACAUGGUUACGAUGGAAAUCCUUACCUUCCUGACGGAUGUCAAGACAUCGAUGAGUGCAAUCAGCAAUCACAUUUAUGCUCACAAGGCGCCACCUGCCAGAACCUGCAUGGUAGUUAUAAUUGUCAAUGCCCCGAAGGCACGCACGGUGACGCUUACAAUGGAACAUGCAUCCCAGCACAGUCUCAGAAACUUCCCUUUGGAAUAAAGGUGACUAUAGGUGGUGGCAGUGGUGUAAUCAUUUUCUUAGUAUUCAUUAUGUGUCUCUAUAUAGUCUAUCACAGACGAAAACUUGAAGAGACGAAAAGAAAAUAUUUCAAACAACAUGGAGGCUAUGAAUUAGUGGAAAAAAUGAAGUUAGAAAGAGGCCUCAACAAAUUUAAGAUAUUUGAAAGCAAAGAAUUAGAGAAGGCAACAAAUCAUUUUGAUGACAAAAAUAUUAUUGGGAAAGGAGGAAAUGGAGUUGUAUAUAAAGGAGUUUUGGAAAACCAAAUUAUUGUUGCCAUAAAGAAGCCUAAGAUUAUCAAUGAGGAUUUAAAAAAACAAUUUGGAACAGAGACACUUAUUUUAUCAUAUAUUAACCAUGUCAACAUAGUCAAUCUCUUGGGUUGUUGUUUAGAGACUGAGAUGCCAUUAUUGGUCUAUGAGUUUGUCUCGAAUGGAACAUUGUUUCAUUUAAUUCAUGAAAAUGAGAAUCAAGCUCCAACUUCCUUGGAUACUCGACUGCUAAUUGCUUAUGAGUCGGCUGAUGCUUUAGACUACUUGCAUUCAAAAGCUUCACCUCAAAUCAUUCAUGGAGAUGUGAAACCCUCUAAUAUACUUUUAGAUAUGGAUUACACAGCAAAAAUUUCAGACUUCGGAGCUUCAAAGAUGAUUCCCAAGGGGGAGAAACAAUUUGCUACAUUGUUGCAAUUCACUCAUGGUUAUAUUGAUCCAGAGUGUUUGAUGACAUAUGAGUUGACAUAUAAAAGUGAUGUUUAUAGUUUUGGUGUGGUUCUCUUGGAGCUAUUUACAGGUAAGAAGGUUAUUAGUUUUGAAGAAUCUGAAGAACAAAAGAGUUUGGUGUCGACUUUUACAAUAUUGGAGAAUCAGAAUAGGGUUUCAGAUAUCUUAGACAAUCAAGUGAAAUUGGAAGCUAAUAUGGAAUUUAUUCAAAAACUUACUGUACUUAUCAAGGAGUGUUUAAAGUCGAAAGGAAAAGAUAGACCAACUAUGAAGGAAGUGGCCGAGGAGCUAAACGGAUUGAGAACUCUUAAGAAACACCCGUUCGUAGGACAACACAAUGUUGAUGAAGUGGAAAGCUUGCUAAACGGGUUGUCAAAUGUUAACCAUGUUGAUUAUACUACUUUCAAUAUAGAGAGCAAACUCACUGAAUAGAGCAAUAUACCAGGCUGGCUGUAAUAUGGACUUGGGCUCAAAUGGUGUUGCUAUGUUGAUUAUGUGUGCUUUGUUUAGUUAAUGUUCUAGUCUUCAUAAGCGUUUUUUUUUGCAACUUCUAAGCCUCUGUAUUUAUUUGU